UUCGAUUGACAAAGUCGGCCAAUUCAUCCUUUCAUUUUUGGGGGUAAUGUUAUUGUGCUCAGUUAUGUUGGGUUUUGUAAACUAACUUUCCGGAAAAUAGUCACCCAAGGCAAACGAGAAACAAGCCCUUAUUCCAUUGUAGUAAAACUUAGGGUAAUUAUAAAGCAGAGGAGUCUUUUUUACUUUGUUUAGUAACCACAGAAACUGUAGGAGCGUAAACCAAGUCAAUCACGUUUUUGUCAACAACCCAUUCAAAAUGCGGAUUGGUUGACGACGUCAAGCAACAAGCUCUUCUGAUUGUCGGAAGCAGCAGAUACAAAUAGGUUCAACGUGUUUUUUGCUGUCAGGAGUGGAGUGACAAGGAAAAGGAGAGCGUCGAGAAAGCGAAAGAAGCCAAAAAAAGUUUGAAAGAGAUUCUGAAGAUACAGCGGCUGUCUGUUAGGGACACAGUUGAAGAGUUGGAUAUUGAAGCUUCUCAGCAGAGUGUGAGUUCUGUGAUGAGUUCUCUUCACGCCUUAUUGUAAGACAUGCGGCAUAUGCACCCCUUUAGUCAAUCUUCAGGAGGCCGUUUAUCAGGUUUACUUGCCUUUUCCGAAUCAUAUUAUGGGAGUAACCGUACGAAAGAUAUUCCACUCAGUUUCAUAGUUUGCUUCUCUGGCCAUUUGUUUGGCUCGUGGAAGACAACUUUGUGGCGACUUGGAAAUUUCCCUGAAAGUGGUAGUAUUUUUACAGCUUAUCGCACUUUUUUUCAAUAUAGAAGGGUUUUCCUUGAUGAUAUUGAUAUGUGCUGUCUUGUAGGAGGAGAAUGUGACGCAAUCUUGCUGAGAGAAGAAGAUGAUAUGCCAUCACGAAUGUUAUUGAGACCUUUAAAACUGUAACCAUUUCCAGUCAAUGCUUUUCAUUAUAGUAUAGCAUUUUUGAAUAGGAGGACACUUGUUAAGCAAAACAUAUUUCCAAGAAGUCCUCAAGACAUGCAAUGCCUAGACAUUAUAAUUUAUAACCAUACAGGUGGAGUGCCUAUAUAUGUUUUUCAUGUCUUAUCCGAAUAAGUAGAUAGUGUCAAUCUAAUCCACAAUGGAGAGAUUUAUAAGAAGAAGAACUAAGGAAGAAGACGGAAACCAUUCCCGUGACUGAAAGUCUUUUUUGUGACAGCCGAAAGAAUGAACCCUAAAGGAUAUGCUGUGUUCUCUACACUGCUUUUUGUCAGUGUUCUAAGAAUCCCUCUUCAUUGCAGAGAAAUAUAUUUUGGUCUUUUGCAGUCGUGCGAAUACGCUGAAUACGCUCUGGACAUUGUCAGUCUGUUUGGUUUUUAUCCUAUAUAUAUGAAGAGAAUACAGACCCUUUCAAGUUGAUUUAUCCAAAGCCUGUUUUCAAAUACCUUGAACAUUCCUGUCGCAGGUCGCGAUAAUUCGUUUUAUUUGUCAUUUAUUUUGCAAUUUGACACUCUGUCUUUUGUGUUCCUGCGACGCAUGUUUACAACCCCAAGUGCUAUUUGCUUUGGUAUUAUAUCUUCGAUUAUGUUUUUGUUG